AUGAUGGCGACAACCACAGUGGAGGACAACACUGCGCUUAGCAAGCAAUAUGAGACUCCACUUGGUCUCGCGCAUGACACCAUGCAAGCUCUCAAGGACAGGAUCAAAACCCACUAUGAUCUGGCCAGCGAGUAUUACCUGAGCCUGUGGGGCACCCACAUCCACCAUGGCUACUGGCCGACGCCAGAGUCGAAGGCUAGUGAAACCAAAGAACAGGCACAGAUCAAUCUCAUCCGCCUGCUGCUGGAGACCUCGCAAAUAGCCGAGGGAAGCAAGGUCCUGGACGUAGGAUGUGGAAUCGGUGGCACGUCACGAUACCUGGCGUCACAGCUGGGUUGCACGGUCACCGGCAUAACCAUUUCCAGUAAGCAGGUCGAGAUGGCGACACGCCUAACCAAAUCUGAGGCCGCCAAGGACGAUGCCAGCCUGGCAGACCAAGAGGCAGAUACAGAGGGGUUUCUCAAAAUCGGCAAGGGCAAGGUCAAGUUUGUGGAGCUCGACGCCGAGAAGAUGGGUGACGUCUUUGCCGCACAGUCCGAAUCGUUUGACGCCGUCUGGAUCUGCGAGGCACUGAGUCACUUCCCCAACAAACAGCUGUUCUUCCAGAACGCGCACAAGUCGCUGAAGCAGGGCGGCAAGCUGGCGCUCGCUGACUGGUUCAAGGCGGAGGGCCUGGGCGAGAAGGAGUUCACCGAUGAUAUAAAACCGAUCGAAGAUGGCAUGCUCCUCCCCCCUCUGUGCGCACAAGCCGACUAUGUUAACUACGCUAAAGAGGCUGGUCUGAGUGUCUCCGGUGGGCCAAAGGACAUAUCCGAGGAUGUCAAGGCGACCUGGGACAUCUCGUGGUCAUUGGUCCAGAACCCAUCUCUGUGGGCCUUCGCGCUCAGCCAGGGCAGGGAUGGGAUUGCUUUCCUGCAGGCUUUCCGUGCGAUGCGAAGGGGGUAUGCUAAUGGUAGCUUCCGGUACGCUGUUGUGUCAUUCCAGAAGUGA